AUGACUUAUAAACUCACAACAGUGACCUAUGAAUUGGGCUGUGCUCCGUUUUUAGCCCUCCGUGCUAUUUCACAGCUAAUAAAGGAUGAAGGGCAGCAGUAUCCAUUAGCUGUUCCCGUGCUUAACCGCGGCAGAUACGUGGAUUACUUAUUUGGAGGCGCCGAUUCAAUUGAACAGGCUCAGACAGUCGUCCAACAAGUAAGCCAGCUCUGCAUGGCGGGCGGAUUUCAUCUUCAAAAGUGGGCCAGUAACCAUCCCGACGUUUUGAAUUCAAUUCCUCAGCAAGAUCUAAUACCUGUGGCUUCCAUACCAUUCAAGAGAACCUCAUCGUCAACUCACUUGCGAACGAUCUUGUCUAUAAUCGCAAAGUUAUUUGACCCGCUUGGACUACUAUCACCUGUUACUAUAGGAGCAAAAAUACUCAUGCAAGAAAUUUGGACUUUGCGAUUAGAAUGGGAUAACCCGAUCCUCCCUAAGACGGCCGAAAGGUGGAAACUAUUUGUUAAAGGCUUACAAGACUUGCCUACACUCGAAUUCCCUCGGUGGUUAGGGUUAAAAUCUAAUCAAACAUUCAAACUACAUGGUUUCGCUGACGCAUCUCCACAUGCUUAUGCAGCAGUCGUUUUUUGUCGAUCGAUUUCAGAUAACGGGAUAGCCAAUACUCACCUCAUCUGUUCCAAGGCCAAGGUUGCGCCUUUAAAGUGUAUGACUAUUCCACGCCUGGAACUUGCUGGAGCAGCCCUUGUUACUAAAUUGGUAAAGCAUCUGCUUAAUCUUCUGGACAGAGAUCACGUUCCCAUCUAUUUAUGGACCGAUUCAACGGUUGUAUACACUUGGAUCACGAAUCAUCCCUCACGAUGGAAGGACUUUGUCCAUAACCGAGUAUGUUACAUACAGGAAUCGUUACCACAAGCGCAGUGGAGAUUUGUCUCUGGAUUGGAAAACCCAGCAGAUCUGGCAACACGUGGACUCACACCGAUCCAACUUUCGACAAAAGGAUCCUGGUGGAGUGGUCCUUCAUGGUUAUCCGAACCAUCUCACUGCUGGCCGCAAAUACCGAACGCUAUCGAGACCGGUGCAGCACUGGAGGAACGACCGCUCAAGGUUGUUACAACAACUUGCAUCAACACUAGCGAGUGUUGGGAUUUUCUCCUAAGAUACUCCUCUUUGCGAAAACUACUUCAAAUCACCUCUAUUUGUCAGAGAGCCAUCCAACGAUUCAAGAAAGUUUCUAACUCUUCGUUCCUCCAGCCGAUAAACACUACGGAUUUACAAAUGGCGAAGCGAUUCUGGGUGACCAUUGUGCAAGGUUUAGCUUAUCCUCACGAAAUUAAAGUAAUUUCCAGCGGUAAGUCUUUACCAUCGACUCACUUCCUUGCUCGACUUACACCCUUCAUAGACGCUAACGGGGUUUUAAGAGUUGGUGGACGUCUUCAAGCAGCAUCACUCACCAUGGAAAAUAAACAUCCGGCCAUUCUUCCAAAGGAUUCACCAUUAACUAGCCUAAUUAUAUCGGAUGCUCACAUCAGAACGUUACAUGGUGGUACUCAACUUACCUUGUUUGAUGAGAGAUUAAUGAAAUUAGAAAAACAUAUUACAAACAGAAUCGACUUUACAGAUACAGCUGUAAAUAAUGAAUUUGAUUUGCCAGCAGAUUUCGUUGAGCAAUUAGAACAAAUAGAUCGUCAAUUACAAGAUAAAUGUAUUGCUUCUGAUGCGAAUUCCGCACGACGGUCGGACAAAGACGGCGAUAACCGGCCUCUCAGCCACAGUAAUGAUAGAGGUGGUGGCUAG